AUGGCUUCCGACGCUGAUCUGGAUACUCGGCAACCCAACGGUGUUGCCGCCAGUCCCAUUGAGCCAUCAACACCUCAGGAGGUUGGACCUCCGCCCAUGUCAUCGCAAGUCACUCUGCCGUCGACCGAGAUACCUGGGUCUCCAAUCGACCCUAAUCAAUCCUUCAAAACCGAAGCAAACGACGACCGACCGGCCACCAUGGUGAUUCCUUCCUCUCUGACCCCGCCGCCGUCCACACAAGUUGCUGCCCACAACAACGCCAGACGAACCUUUUCACAAUCGCAGCAGUCCGCCCUUUGCUCACCGCCAGCUACUAUCCUGAAAAAUAUUCGCGAUCGAGAGGUUGGCACCGACUAUGCUCCGCCAUCUCCUCACCAGGUUCUGGAGGCCCCAACAGAAGAAUUGAGAUCUAUGCUUCAAACAUGUAUCGGCGAACAGCAGAAGUUGAAGAUGGAAACAGCACACCACAAAUUGCAAUAUAAUCUGCUGAGUUUGCAAGCUGAGGAUGACGCUAAGCGUGCGGCAGUCGAGCACGAAAUGAUUCGCAGGGAGGUGGAUGCACUCCGAAUGGCGGAACACACUCGCCAAGCAAGGCGUGAGCUCAGCACUUCAUCUGAUUCUACGCAAGCAAAAUAUUUGCAGAUGAAGAUGUGGUAUGAGGCUGCCAUGGAGGAGAAUGAGACCCUGACUCGUCGGCUGAAGGUCGCUAAGAAGGUUAUUCAGCAGAAGGAGGAGGAAACCAUAUGUUUAACGGAGGAAAGGGAUCUGCUUCUGACACGAAUUCGAGAGAACCGGGAGCAUUUCCACAUGCUAUGUAGCCCUGGGGGGAUUUUCCACAGCGCCUUGACACCAAAGCAGCAGAAUGUUUCGACGCCGCAACAGCAUCGCGUGCCACAGGGCGCUCAGCACCAGACUCCGCGAUCUUUGCAGCGAGGCGAUACGGAGGGCCAUGAGCAUGGUCUGUCAGCUUUGUUGCAGGCUAUGAGCCAGAGCCAGGAUAAUAACAACAGUGCGCCGUCGACACCAAUGACGUCUCACCGAGCUGUGCAAAAGCACUCUGGAAGGCAUAAUCGCAACACGCAGUCCAUGUCAUCACUGCCCACCACACCGGUCAAUCGAUCCCGAGACGGGGCUUUACUGCCAUCUGCUGACUUGGUGCCGCAAACUGAGCCUCGCCAUCGAUACACUGAUCAGCAGUUUGUGCCAACGACGCCGACUCCUAAGCGAAAUCGACGUCGGAAAAGCCGAGAAAGCACUAUUUCAGCAGACGACAAUGAGGAGCUAGCAAGGCAGGCUAUGGAGUCGGUUGAGGCCAUGCAAUCCUUUACAUCUCAGGUUUCAAGGCCGUCACCGCAGGCAUCCCGACAACGGCGGCGAGCUGAGGAUGAUGACGACGAGGAGGUGUUUGACAGCCAGGCAAGCCAAGCAGCGACGGAAAUGUUGCGGAGGCACCCCGGCCGGAGUUUUGAAGUGGCUAGUUCGGCAGGGUCCCGCGAUGAAUCGCCCGGGCCUGCCGAGAAAUCGGCCAAAUUGCAGGCUAAACUCUUGUCAAGUUCCAGGGGCGGCGGUGCUAUGGAUAAGCGCAAGUUUAGCGGGAACACGGCUACAGCGGAGAGCACAAGGCGUGAACAGGGGAGUCCCCCGAAGAAGAUGCGAGUGGGCUCGUUGACGGAAGAGCAGCGAGUCGGUCUUGGCAUUCAAUAUGGCAGGCGAUGA